CCCCUUCUCCAGUAAACUUAUAAAGAUUCAAGCUUUAUUGCUAAUUAGCUCUUUUGGGUACUUGGGUUUUGUUUUCUUGAUGAUUGUUCUUGAAAGAUUGAAUCUUUAUUUGUAAUUCAACUUUUUGGUACUUGGGUUGUGUUUUGUUGAUGAUUGUUGUAGUUCUUUUGUGCUUUUUUGACUGGGAUUGAGUAUUGAACUUGUAAUGGACUUGUGGAAGGCUUCGAAAGCCGGGAUGGGUCAUUCAUCUUCAUCAGUUUCUCAGUUCUUCAGCUACCCGUUUGAGAUGGAGUUCGAGGUUCAUUCAGCUGAGCAAUUGAGGUUCUUUCUAGUUAAUAUUCACUGAAUGUUUUAAAAUCCGAUGGUCAUUUUUCGGUAGGUUUGUUUUCUUAUACUCCUCUUAAAUUCUUUGAUUCUUUAUUGUGUCUAAUUCUUACUGAUUGCAUUCUAUUCUUUGUUGCACAUAUCAUUAUUUAUCAUUGACAUAGAGACACAAGACUGAUCUUUUUUCACUGAUUUUAUUCGUUAUCUUGCCAUCGGAUUCUAAAUUCUUUUGUUGAACACACACACUCACAGUUUGAUACUCUGCAAUAUUACAUUCUUUAAAUUUAUACAAACUGAUCAUACAUUGCAUAGUUAAUUGACUUUUCUUGAACAAAGAAACAUAUAAAAGAAGUAAUUAAGGUUCGGAAGGCGGUUUAAAGUAUGUUGGCCGGGUGUCCUUCCACAUUAUUGUCUCCGAGGCAUAGAUUGAGGAGUGAAGCAUCUGCGCAAUUUCAAGCUUGUCAUUUUCCUUCAAUGAGCACGCAGAGACUGGAGUUGCCAUGUAGUUUUACGCGGAAAGAGACCUCAAGAUCGCAAUCCAUAAGGCCUGUUGUUAACCUUUCAAUUGAGAAGCCAGCGGAAGCCAGGACGAGUAGUUGUUCCCUCAAGAAAAGCAUUAGUCUUCCACCCUUGACAACCGCAGGUCAAGUUGUAUUUCAUGAUGGUAGAUUAGAGAGGAGAGAUGAGUUCCGGGAUAAAAACAAGAACAGAUUGAAGAGGUUUGCGGAUGAGAAUUUCUUUGAUGAGGAUAUUAAUAGAGCUAAGAAAAUAAGGGGUAGCAGAAAGUAUGAUGAUUCUUCAGAAGGGGGUGAGAACUUAUGCUUAGAUCAGCAUUGGUUUCAUCAGAGCUUUGAGGUCCCAACGUCUGUGUCACAGUUUUCGGGCCUUAAUCCACAACAAGCUCCUUUCUCUCUUGUAUAUUCAGAGGAGGAGGAUACAUGUGUUGCUUCGAGCAAGGUGACUAUUUCUCCUUUGCCAAACAAUCCUUGGGCGGAAUCAGUUGUAACUGAGUUUCCCAAGCUAGGCGAGAGGGAUGUUGAGCCAAGCCAAGCAAUAGCGAAGGAGGCAUCCGAAUCAAGUACAUCCUCAGGGAGUGAUAACAAUUUGGCUAACAGGGUGCAUGACGAUGCCACAGAACAUGAGAUAGGUAAUGUGUCUAGACCACAUAACCCUAAUGGAAGUACUGGUUUUGUAGCAGGGAGCAGUGAUGGCAAUGGGGACCAUGACGGAUUUGAGCUAGUUAGCUUACUCAUGGCCUGUAUCGACGCAAUUCACUUGAAGAACAUUGAAGGAGUUAAUCAUUUUAUAGCUAAGUUGGGGGAACUUGCUUCUCCACGAGGAUCUUCUAUAAGUCGUCUAACAGCUUAUUUUACUGAAGCCAUGGCUUUACGAGUUGCAAGGGUUUGGCCUCAUAUCUUUUACAUUAAUACACCACGCGAGCUUAAUUCAGCUGAGGAAGAAAGUGGCACUGCACUAAGGCUUUUGAACCAGGUUAGCCCGAUUCCACAGUUCAUUCAUUUCACAGCAAAUGAGGUUCUGCUAAGAGGGUUUGAAGGGAAGGACAGGGUUCAUAUAAUAGAUUUUGACAUUAAACAAGGACUUCAGUGGCCUAGCUUCUUUCAGAGCUUGGCCUUUCGGAAUAACCCCCCAAGUCAUGUUAGGAUCACCGGCAUUGGUGAAUCCAAGCAAGAUCUUAUCGAAACAGGUGAGAGGCUAGCUGGAUUUGCCAGAGCAUUAAACCUACAGUUCGAGUUCCAUCCAGUUGUUGACAGGUUAGAAGAUGUCAGAUUGUGGAUGCUACAUGUCAAGGAAGGAGAGUGUGUGGCUGUGAAUUGUAUAUUCCAACUGCACAAGAUGCUCUAUGAUGGCAGCGGAGGGAUACUUAUGGACUUCCUGGGAUUACUUCGCAGCACUAACCCCACAAUUGUUGUCAUGGCGGAGCAAGAAGCAGACCACAAUUACCAGAGCUUAGAAACAAGACUUUACAACUCACUGAAGUAUUACGGUGCCAUUUUCGACUCUCUUGACCUUGGCCUUCCACAAGACAGCCUGGCCAGGAUCAAAAUAGAGGAGAUGUUUGGACGCGAAAUCAAAAACAUUAUUUCUUGUGAAGGUCGCGACAGAUUGGAGAGGCAUGAAAAUUUCGGGAAGUGGAGCCACUUGAUGGAGUCAGGAGGGUUUCGUAACAUAGGAAUCACAGAGAGAGAAUUUCUUCAGAGUCGAAUGCUGUUGAAAAUGUACUCUUUUGAUAAUUAUAGAGUGGAAAAGCAAGGCCUUGAUGAUGGCUCUAGUGCACUUACUCUAAGCUGGUCAGACCAAUCCCUUUACACAGUUUCAGCAUGGGCGCCUCUUGAUAUUGCAGGGAGCUCCACAUCUUACUCACAACCUAGUUAAUCAUCUUAUUCCAACAUCAUCAUCAUCAUCAUCAUCAUCUUUAUCCGAGAACACAAUUAUACAAAUUCUUUGUAGGCACAGAAAUCCGUUAUCAUUUUUUCAUUCUUUUGUUUCAGAUAAGAUUUGUCUAGAGAUAUAGAAUAUGUUAGCACUAGCAUUGGCUCUAUCACUCAGUUUCAGAGAGUCUGUCAAAUUCAUGUUUUAUUCUUUGAUUCAUUACUAUGUAAUUUGCAUCUCAACUUGGAUUUGUAUCAAUGAAAAUGCUUCUUUUGUUACCAUUUA